AUCCCGAUCCGCAGCAAGAGGAGAGCGACUGCCUUGCUCCACGGCAGCAGGCACAGAUGGCGACCUGGAGCCGGUGAAUAAGCAGAAAUCGGAGGGAGGGGAAGGAUGCGGAUGACGACGAGCGGCUGCAUCACAUGGCUCUGAGGAAGAUGGACACACUUUGAGGAGAUCCGAGGACGCGUUAUUCUUCUUUUAUUUAUAUUUUUUACGCGGAAUCGAAGUCUGGUUCUGACCGCAGCCUUGGUUGUUUCCUCCUCCGCUGGGACCCUCGGCUCAUCCGGAGGAAGGCUGGCGGAGGAGAGGGGCGAUGGCCGCCGGUGGAUCCGGAUGCGGGGACACGGUGGAGCAAUGCCGGGCCGAGGUGGAGCGUCUGACCCGGGAGCUGGCGGAGGCCAACCGCGAGAAGAUCCGGGCGGCGGAAUGCGGACUGGUAGUUCUGGAGGAGAACCAGAGUCUGAAGCAGCAGUAUGCCGAGCUGGAGGCCGAGCAAGAGGCGCUGAGGCUGGAGCUGGAGCAGCUGCAGGAGGCAUUUGGCCAGGCCUACACCACCCAGCGUAAAGUGGCCGAGGAUGGCGAAACCAACGAGGAGACGCUCCUGCAGGAGUCUGCUACCAAAGAAGCCUACUACAUGGGUCGACUCCUGGAGUUGCAGACGGAGCUCAAGCACAGCCGGACCACCACCGCCAACGCUCAGGCCGACAGCGAGCACCUCAGCACGCUGGUGCAGGAGCUGCGAGAGCAGAGCAACGAGAUGUUAGAGCUGCAGCGCAGUCGGAUGAGAGAAGAGAUACGCGAGUGCAAAUUCCGGGAAUCGCGGCUCCUCCAGGACUACACUGAGCUGGAGGAGGAGAACAUCUCUCUACAGAAACUCGUGUCAACGCUCAAACAGAACCAGGUGGAGUACGAAGGGUUGAAGCAUGAAAUCAAGGUUCUGGAGGAAGAACUGGAGCUGCUCAACACGCAGCUUCAAGAUGCGCUACGCUUGAAGGAGAUCGCUGACACUCACCUGGAGGAGGCGCUGGAGUCCCUGAAGUAUGAGCGUGAGCAGAAGAACCACUUGCGCAGGGAGCUGGUCCACCAUCUCAGCAUGUGCGACGUGGCUUACACAGGCAGUGCUCACCUGAUCUUCACCUCAGCUCCACCCAGUGGCACUGGCACUCCGACUACGCUGCUCUCACCCAACUCAGAGAAUCCUUUGAGGUGCAACGGACAUGUUCAAGGUGCAGCAGGAUCCUCAGUGGCCUCAGAAGCAGAAGGAGCUGGCAGAAAAGUCGAAGCUUCAUCAGACCUGUUCACUGAGAUAAACCUGCCGGAAUUCCAGAAGCUCAAACAGCAAUUGGUGACGGUUGAACGUGAGAAGGUAGCACUGAUGGCAAGCUUGCAAGAGUCGCAGACUCAACUUCAGCACACCCAGGGGGCUCUGACCGAGCAACAUGAGAAGGCCCUCCGCCUUAGCCAGAAAGUCUCUGCUCUCCGGCGCCAGCAAAGAGGGCCUGCCUCUGCUACGGAGGCCACGAGUGGAGAUGCCUACACUGGGUACAGGAUGGAGGAGGCGGAUGAGGAUGUAGGAGACGAAGAGGAUACGAGUGUCAAGAAAAGUCGACUUUUCACCUACCAGUCACCGGGUUUGGAGAUUCUGCAGUGCAAGUAUCACGUGGCUGUGACUGAAGUGGUGGAGCUCAAGUCGGAGGUUAAAACGCUCCGGGAUCGUCUGGCCCAGUUUACAGAGGAGGCCGAUCAGGGGAAGCCCAAAGGAAAUAUUCGGGUUCAGACACUGGAGAAGCAAGUUGCAUCAUUGGAGAGGAGCAACCUGGAGGGACGGGAGAAGAUCACGAGCUUGGAGUCGGCGCUGCAGGAAUCCCAGGCAGCUGCCAGCGAGUGCCAGGCGGCCCUGACGGCGGCUCAGGAUGAACUGGUGACACUCAGUGAGGAGCUUGCUCAGCUGUACCACCACGUCUGCUUGUGCAACAACGAGACACCAAAUCGCAUCAUGUUGGACUACUACAGACAGGGCCGCGGGCUCAGAGGCCUCAGUGCCAGUCUCAAAGCCAUGUCUUCGGACAACAGUAAAGUCCUCCUCACGCCGCGCCUCGCCAGGAGACUGGCAGCUGUUGCUUCCUCAACCUCCACCACCUCGAUAACCUCGACUCCCCAGGAGUCACGGAGCCCGUCACAGUCUCCGUCCAAAGAGCCCCUGUCUGGGGAGACGUCAAAGGAGGGCCUCCAGGUUCCGUCUGAGCAAAGCCUGGCUUGCACAUCUCCAACUCGCUCUCCCAGCAUCAGUGCCUCUUCGUCAUCGUCAUCGUCAUCAUCCCCUGCCAUGGAGCCAAUCGGAGAGCUGCGCCGGGAGCCCUUGAACAUCUACAACCUUAAUGCUAUUGUCCGAGAACAGGUGAAGCACCUCCAACGGGCAGUGGACAGGUCUCUCCAGCUGUCCAAGCAACGGGCAGCCGCCAGAGAACUUGCUCCGCUGCUUGAUAAGGACAAAGAAACCUGCAUGGAGGAGGUGCUGAAGCUCAAGUCUCUGCUGAGCACUAAGAGAGAGCAGAUCGCGACCCUGAGACUGGUGCUGAAGGCCAACAAACAGGCAGCAGAAGGAGCUCUUACCAACCUGAAGAGCAAGUAUGAAGCCGAGAAAUCAAUGGUCACCGACACAAUGAUGAAACUGAGGAACGAGCUGAAGGCCCUGAAGGAGGAUGCCGCUACUUUUUCAUCUCUGAGAGCUAUGUUUGCCACCAGGUGUGACGAGUAUGUGACCCAGUUGGAUGAGAUGCAAAGGCAGCUGGCUGCAGCAGAGGACGAGAAAAAGACACUGAACUCCCUCCUGCGAAUGGCCAUCCAACAGAAACUGGCCCUUACGCAGCGUCUGGAAGACUUGGCAUUUGAUCAAGAGCAGACUCACCGUACGCACAGGACGAGACUUGCCCGCGGGAAGACCAGCACUCCCAAAGUAAGUCCCCCAGCCUCGGCCUCCUCUACCAACCUAGCUCAAGGCACCUCAGUAGCUUUUGCAACAAGUAGUCUCUCUGCGUCCGGCCUUACAAGUCCCACCUCAAUUGUUUGUAACGAUCCUGAGGUACCCAGUAGUCCAACUACGAGUAACACAGCGAGCGCUGCUUUGGCAGCUCUCACCUCCCCUGUAUCACACACUCCCCCACGUAGUCCGUCAUCGACAGCUAUUGCUGUAAGUCCCCCAUCUUUGGAGGCUUCAGCUUCCCAAACGUCAUCGUCAAACACCGUGAGGGUGACUCAAUCCCAAUGGACUGUUGGGUUUCGGACCUUUGUUGUCGAUUCUCACAGUUUCAGUGUCAACAUCCCUCCAGGUCCGUCUCGUGGUCCGGCUUUGUCCCGACAAUACACGGCAGACCCUCAGACAAGGUUGACCCCGGGAGCAGGUUCUGUUCCCUCCUCUCCGUACCGCUCCCCACUGCUCGGGCUACGACGGUCCACAUACAGCCCAUCACCUCGAACUCGCCCCUUGUCUAGCUUGACUCGAACCUCAGUCCUCCACUCAUCCCCGUCCUCUUCUUACUCCUCAUACUCAUCUCACUCUCCCAGCAGUUACUCAUCCAGCUACUACAGUGCGUCACCUUCAAGCUCCUACUUCCCAUCGACUAGCACUUAUAGCCAUUCCUCCCACUACACUCCCCUGUACCCCAGAUACUACAGCGCCUACCGACCUCGGCACUGAGCCCUUUAACCUUCACGACAAGCCUUCUAGAGGAUUCCCCCACUUCUUACUAAUCCCAAACUUCCACCUAUCCCUCUCUUUGGGAGUAUGCGGGCUCACAGAGAGGAGGAAAGACUGGUUUCCCGUGUUAUCCUGUGCCUUGGCGAAUGGGUUCUGAAUGUCCAGUGACUUUGCUCAGGGAAUUGAACCAAGGAGCACAAGCGGCCCUGCCUUCCUUUUAUUCUGAGACUGCUGACAUGUCAAGACGUUGGUAAAGACUUUGUACGGAAUGUUUUUGUAGAAUCCUUUAGGUUGAGAGUUCAGCUGCAUGUGUUUCACGAGACACAGGAGCAUUGUGCAUUGGACACAUUACAUUCAGUGUAUCAGCCACUCUGUGUAGCCGCUCACUUUUCAGUGGACUUAUUAUUGUACACCAUAUACACACAAUCAUUGUAAACCAAAUGUCCUUUUGGUUAAGUCGGUACAUCGAUGCUGUGGGCUAAGUGUGCUUCAAAAGAACUUGGCUCAGUGUGUCAUGCAGCAGCAGUACACUGGUGCCACUUGUGGAUCGGACCUUCACUCACCUUAAGUGUAUGUGACAGUGCAGUGAAUGUAUUUAAACCGCAAAAGCAGGUAUGAUCGUGUACUUGCACUGUGCUUUCCUGUAGCCAGUCACAGCUUUAAACCACUGGGAUACGCAGCUGAAGUCUUAGUCAGCUAAAGAGAUUUUACGUGAUGUAUGUUGUGUCUUAGAACCGAUUUGUAUGAACUUUUUUGGAACAUUUGUCACUAAAACAUGUUUUUGUUGUUCAAUCUAACUUCCUGAGCGCUUUAUCAUGACAUCAGGAUCGUCCAGUUCCUUUAGUACUGUAUGUUCCUGUUCACACAAACACACCCAAACAAGCGUUUUUGUUGUUAUUUGACUAGAUAAUUGUUAACACAAGCUCCAUCAGACCUAUUUGAAUGUGCCCCACUCCAUUAACUCAACCACCAGAAGACUUUACAAAAUUUUACAUGAGUGAAUCCCUUGAUGCUCAGGUGCUUUAUGGUUGUAUAAAGAAAAAUAGAAUUGACAAAGAUGUUUCCUCACGUGUUCGCUAUUAUUUUAGAUUCAGAUUUGAAUAGAUGUAAUCUUCUUUAUUGAAUUCUAAUGCAAGUUGAAGUAUAAAACUGUGCAAAUUUUCUAUGUUUGCAGCCUAUUCUUACUGGUAUAACCAAAGUGAAUGUAUCUCGCCAAUGUCACUUCGCAUCAUUUGAAGCAUACUUACCCCUCUGGUGUCUUAUCCUCGUUUCACGCUGCUGAUAUCACCAAACACGUGUGAAGGAGAAACCACUCACUACAAGUGCACUGGAUACUUUGUGUUCGAACUGUCACUUUACUACACUUAAUAAACGACUUCACCUGGUUUCCCUCCUCCGUCUUAUCGACUUCUCGACUGCCAUCUAGUGGGUGCCAUCUUUACAUGCUGAUGUAGAAUGUUGGAGAAACACACAGAUACCUGUAGGUGAGAAUAUGGAGAACAAAACCAUAUCUAUACUCUUAAUUACGAGUCACGCAUUUGAAUUAUAUGAUAUAGGUCCCUCGACUUUUAGCUCCAUAUUAAAGUCUUUCAAAGACUGAGAACAACGCUUAAAAAAUGUGUGUUUCCAUGACAUUAACUCGACCGAACAGAGUGAAUGUGUCAAACUCAGGAAUUAUUAGUUUUGCAUUUUGCAGUCUGCAUUAAUAUGUGUUAUUCAACACAAAUAUUUGGCCUCCAUUUACCAGACUUCCUGUAUGUGUAGUGCAUACGGUUGUACACUGUUUUAACUUUUUUGCUGGAACCAAAAUCAUCAAGAUGGACCCCUAAGUGUCACCAAUUUUGUCAGUAGAAGCAAAUAGACUCACGGUAAGAAACAAGGAUAGUUUGUACAGUCGAUAUUAUACGGUAUUUAACCGAUAAUUUAACAGAGAGCAUUGGUAUGGUAGUUUAGCAGAAUAGCUAUGUUACUCCACUGGAUUCAAAAUAACAAACUGUAAGUGUGCAACCUCCACUAUGAUCACAUUAAUGUGCCAUGCUGUCAGAUUCAUUGCACACAUUCUGUCCUGAUUUUUUGUUUUUAUGACCUAUCAGCUUGACUGGUGAAUUUGUGAUGAGAUCAACCUUUUUGGAUAAGUUUCCCAUCAAGGUGACUUGUGAAUCAAAAACGUCUUUGUUGUGUGAAUCACACUGGGGCGAAACCCGCUGACAGGCAACAUCUGAUUCAACAUUUGGUUUACAAUCAUUGUUGCAAGUGAUAUAUUCGCAUCUCAACUUACUGUAUGUUUACAUCAAGUAUGGCAUCUUUUCCAAACGUUCCUUGAGCAGCUCUUCAGUUGGACACCUGUGCGACCUCCUCUCUGUGACUCCCCUAAAUCCUAAAUUCCAAUCUGGAUUCAUUUUUAUCCCAAAACAGAUGAAGUCUGUCAAGUGUUUUCUGCCCCAUGGUGGUGAAGCUCUGAGCAGAAGUCCUCUGAUGUCACUUACCCACAAUGCUGACAGGAAACAGCACCACUGCACUUACCUUUAAUAAAUUGUUAUGUGUUUAAAAUCACAAGUCAUUGGACCAUAAUUUAGUUGUUAAUGCCCAAAUUUCUCUGUAGAAAAAUUUCAACUCUCAAUGAGUAACUUUUUUAUGCGUCUUUAUAUUAUUUACCUAAGACCCAGAUGUUUAUCUCAAGUCUCACAAUUGUAUAGAACUUAUUUAGAUUCCAAAUAUUCUAUUUCUUCAAUAUGAAUCUCAAUUCUCAAAUGAACACUGAAGCUAAAUCCCUGUGUUUUAGCCCCAAUUAUUAUUUUUUUUUUUGUCAAGGUGUGUAGAUUCUCAAAGGAAUCACACCAGAACAUUUUGAGGGAGUCUGUCAUACUUGAGACAUGUGAGUAAAGAGUUGUGAUACAUAGGUGAGUCCCUCAAUUUGUCCACAGAGACCGGAAAAUGUGGGUUUCCUCCUGGUACUCUGGUUUCCUCCCUCAGUUGAGAAGCUUGUUGAGGUUGAAAUGAGGGUAACUGAGGAGUGACUGUGUGAGUGGAGCUCCCCCCUGCCUCUCACCCUAUGUAGCUGGGAUAAGGUCUCGCCACCUGCCACUCAUAAAGAGAUAGAUGAGUAAUUGCUGGUCCAAAUAAAUGUAAUUUAAACCUUAAAAUGAAAUCUUAAAUUGUAAAUGGGUAAUAUACGAUAACACACAAAUGAAUGGCUGUGAGGAUUAGAAACACACUGUAGAUUUCUGUAUACACAGAAUCAUUAUACAUUGAUUCGCUUUAUGUAAUGAUUUAUUUUAUUAUUAUUUAAAAAAAAUAGUAUUAAGGACAGUUUUGUUUUUGUUUGUGAAUUAAAGACUGUUUCAAUGUGGGCUGCGGGGAACCAUCGUGUUAAAAUGAACAUUUAAAAAGUAUAAGUCAAAGCACUUAUUCACUGGAUAAAGCAUUCAGAUUUUAUUCAUCUGGAACAAAGACAAAUUCAUGCCUCUGAACUAUGCUGACCUUCAGCCAAAAAUGGCAGUCAUUGAAUGUCACUGGUUUCCUAUUUCUCUUUGCUAUGUUUAAACAUCACAGUCCCAAAUCGCAUCAGCUUUGUGUUUUGUUUGUGAUAGCUGGUGAACGUUUUAACUAACUUGCCUGAAUUCACACUGUAUUUCCGCUUCUUGCGCAGUAGCUCUCACAGAGAAAUCCUCUGACUGUUAUGCACAAAACGCCUGUGUUUCUUCUGGCCACUUUUUUAUGCACAAGCUUCUGCUGUUUCUGAGCCGUUCAAUCUGUGAAUUUGUUUGUUAGUUAACUCCUGCAAUAAACGUUUGUUCAGCACAUGCUUCAGUUCGCAGACAGAGACAGUUGGAGGGUGUUUACCUUACAUCUGCAGUGUUAUGACGACUCCAGUCUCUUGCAGAUCAUCAGUAGUUUUCUGCCUCAGUCCAGAUCCUCGUACCCGCCUCGAAGCUGAUGACCUCGCUGGCGUUUGUCUUCAGGUAACAGUGUUGCUUGCCGUGUAAACAUCAUGAGCGUCACCGUAGUGUCUGGGGCCUCUGCUUAUCAACUCAACAUGCGACUGUGUACAUUCAGGUACAGCUUGAAAAUGUGGUUCAGGCAGGUGUUAUGGGACUAGCAAACUCAUUUUGCAUGGUACUUGAUGCCAGCAUGUGAAGGCAAGAAAGAUCAAAAGUGGGAUGGCUGCAGAGAUCCUGUCCCUGGAUUCCAGAGUUUUAUUUGGAUGUUGAAAAUGUGGGACUCACUAUGUUGUUAAACCUUUAAGACUCAGCUAGAUAUACAGCAGGUGGAUAGAGGGCUCUGGACCUACCUUGAGGUGGACUGGACUUCUGUUUUUAGAUCUUACUCUGAGCGUUUGAGUGACAAGUCGUGGGUCAUCUUCUUCUUCCCCUGGUGGCUACUGUAGUUCUACUUUGGAACCCCCAGUCACCCAGAGACUCACGUCCCUUGUGAUAUGUUCUAUAACCUUCUCUGCUUGUCCCUGUCUUGAAGUGUUUGGACCUCCGAGCAGAUGUCUGCCACUAGUGCCUCCUGUCUGACUUCAUCAACAUCUCCAGCUCUGUUGGACACACCUGACACCAAAGAUCCGCCAUUCUAGGCCUGAAGCUCUGACGGAGUGUUACAGUCAUGUAUUUGUUGCAUCAUGAAUGUGUUACCUCAUGCGAAUGUGACAUCGCGAGUACGUUCUCCCAUGUAUCCAUAUGCAUGCUUUCUCUCUCAUCACAUUGUAGGCGUCAUCUAUAGCACCGCCAGGGCUCAAAUGAAGUCCAUCAUCAUCGCCUUUAGUCUUUUCAUCCAUGUCGACAUAAAGAAAGCACAAAGCGAAUCAAAGCCGUCCAGACAACGACGGCAUCAUCGGCUGCUAAGUUUGAAUGUGCAUGCUAUCAUAUCAUAUCAAAUCAUAUAUUCCAACGCCCCAUGUAUAUUGUAGUUUCAGCAUCAGCAUUUAUCACAGAGCUCCUCUCAGGAUGUUACAAGCAAUAGACGAUGUAAACACAAAGACGCAAUACUGUUUGUUUCAGAUGGUGAAUAAUAAAAGUUUGUCUC